AUGGAGAAGGCGGCCGCCAAAGUUGGUGAUAAUAAAGCCUGGGGCUUCAUCUCGACGAGGAUACUCCAUGUGAACUCUCGGACGUUUGCCUUUGCUGUCGGUGAAUCAUUGAUUCUGUUCAAAUUGACCUUCAUCUUCCAUGCGCCUCUAGUUCUAUUCACAGUAGUUAGAGCCUUCCAAUGGUGGAGAGGCGUGACCCCACCUCCAUUGUUCGCUGAGUCGCCGUUGAAAACGAUAUCACAGUGGGCAGUCGACCUCAACGACCUCAUGCAAGCGUCGAUCGAGGACCCAUUGGAGUCUCCUACAGCGGCCGAUACUGCCAGUUCGCCUCCCUCCACUGGCUCAGUCUCCAAUGCUACUAUCAUAGCGAAUGAUACGCCACAGACUCCUGGCGAUAUCGAUUGA